AUGUAUGCGUUGGAACAACCUGCAGUACUUAGAAUCGGAACAGCUCGCGAUUUGACCAAGCUUGCUCAGCUCUUAAUGGAUGAAAAACUCGUAAGUAGGCCGACUCUAGACCUCCUCAACGAAAAUGUUAUCAUCCCAAAAGAUAUUGUCACGGGAGCACAUGCUGAAAGAGGACGUGGAACGACCGUGAUGCAUCUAAAAAGAAACGGAGUCGAUCAUCGUCUGAUUGGUGACACUGGACUUGGCGAUCAGCUGAAAGAGAUUUUCAACCUUUACGACGAGGAACUCGAUGGCAAAAUCGACGGAACCCAGAUUGGUGACGUGGUUCGGGCUGCUGGAUUGAAGCCGACCAACGCCAUGGUCGUGAAAGAACAAGGCACGUACGCUGAUUUUGUCGAGGGACUGAAGGUUUUCGACAAGGAAGAAUGUGGAAAGAUUCUCUCUGCUGAGCUCAGACAUAUUCUGCUCGCUCUUGGGGAGCGACUUAGUGCUGACGAGGUCGAUGAGCUUUUGAAGGGAGUCGAGGAUGCCGAGGGUAUGGUCAAAUACGAAGGUGGGUCUCUUGCAUAUUUAUCCGAUUUGAACUUAUUUGAACAACCAAGUAUAGAAUCGGAGAAAACAAAGGCAUAUAUCCUAAAAAAAUGCUAA